UUCUGUCAUAGUAUUUCUAAAUUUGAAACCAAAUUUUACUCCACAAAAUGUCUUACACCCCUUAACAACUUAUAUAAAAUACAUAAAAAUUAAAAACCACGCUAAACAAUUAAACAAUUAAUGAAAAAAAUUUAAACAAAUAAACACUAAACACUAGAUCAUGAAGAGGGUCCAUGUAGACAACUAUACGCCCAAGUACUACAGCGGCAAGUGGUCCUGGAAUGCAGAGAAGGACUCCCUUCACUUUGAGCCGCACAACGAUCUGGAGGAUGCCAGGGAACGGUAUAUCACCACCAAUGGCUACAAGUUCCUGCGCACCAUCGACCAAGAGGAAGAGCUUAUCUUCAGGCAGGCCUACGUCCGCGACAAAGGCACAUAUGACUCCGACACUGUGGUUAUCAACGACAUCCGGGAUUUGGUGCUCUUCCUGAUGCCCAGCGAGUUGCUCACUCACCGCUUUGUGGAGUUCAUGCACCGCCCGCCGGUCCAUCGUCUCAUACACGCCCUCAUCAUCUACUUUGAGUACUUCCUGCGCAUGGUGGAGUUCGUCCUAGUGCGACGCGACGAACUGGCUGGCCAGAUCCAGAGCGAGCAGACCAUCGACAUGAAGAAGACCUUCUCCACCUACCUCAGCCAGUACAGGAUUUUGGUGGCGCGCAACUACAGUGUGAUUUUGAAGGGCGAGGGCGAUAUGGCCCACUACUACCACCUCAAGGAGAUUGUCAACAUUUCGGACAUGGCUCGUGACAAGAUCUUCCACGAGCAAUUCCUGGCCGUAAUGAUACAGAUCGUGUGGAUCUGCAUGCAUCGCCGGGCGUACUACGUCAUCGAGUUGGAGGUGAACCGCCUAUUCCGAUCCGAUCACUUUGUGAUGACCCGGCCGGAGUAUCUCAAAUUCACACCGGCGGAAAGGAGUCUGCUCUAUGGAAAGAACUACAAGAUUGUGAAUUACCGAACCCAGGUAUCACCGCUCAUCCAGGAGCUGCAGCACGUGGCCGAAGAGGACAUGCCCAUUCUGUGGAUCGGGGAACGCAAGUACCGCGGCACCGAUCGCCGCAUAGCAGAAAUAGAGCUGGAGUACAUUGUGCCAGGGCCACAGCUGCGUAUGAUUGAUGUGGCUCAUGGUAUCCUGGGGCAUCCCAAGGCCCUGUACAAUACCAUCCUGGAUCUGGACUGGCCCACUGUCCGGUACUCGAACUUCUCUCUCCAGUACGAUCCGUACCAUAUCGUCCGGCAGCCGUACUUGGAGAUUCCGAAAAUAAAUGCGCUCAAGAUGCGAAAGAUGAGCGAGCACUACGAGCACUUCUUCAAGGUGUACCGCAUCUACGAGCCCCACAGCUUAGCAAUUCUACAGAAGUGGCUCAAGCGAGACAAGCUUAUCCAGUUCUACCGCUCCGGUGGAUUGCUGCUCACCAACAUCGUGUCCAGGUGCGAAAAGGAGAUGACCGAUGACACGCCCAGUCUCACGGUGGACCAAAUCAUCGCCAACUACUUCAAGGUUAUGUACAGGCUGCGCAAGGGAGCGCGCUAUGACGAAGACAUGGUCAGCAUUACGUCUUCGCGCUUCGGGAGCCUGAUUUUACAGACAAAGAACAAUGGCCAGAUAGAAUACUACUUCGAGUAACUUAUGGGGGGGAUCCUGUUGGAAAUACCUCAAAAUUAUUGUUAACCAACUGCUUUAGUGAUUCGGUAUCCCUAAAUAAAAAUAUUGAG